AUGAAAUUAUUGUAUGUACGUUUCUGUGGUCGCACAGCAAUUAUGCUUCACGGGACGGAUCCCACCUGACCAAGUCACAGCUGAAGAAAGAGCCAAGUGGGAACAUCGAAGCCAGCCACGCUGUCUGGCCAAUCAGGUCCAUGGUUGUCGUCUAAGCCACCAAACGCCCUGGGCUGUUUCAGCUUUGUGGAGAGCUUGACGCGCGUUAAGAGUGCCGCUCCCCCCCUGCGAAGGAACCCUGAAGACAAAAGAGGGAGCAUUUACGACAAAACAGAGGCACCCGACCCCAAGGUCGAUUCUCCUUUGAGACACCCACCUCCAACGCCAUUUGCCCUCUCCAUUUCUUCAAGCUUUCACUCGGGAACGACAACAAAAAAGCCUCAUGGCUCCGACACACGCAGAAGCGCUCCGCAGCCUCGUCCCGGCGUGGCCUGUCGCCGCCAGGCAUGCCGUGGCCCUCGGCGUCUCGGCGGGGGCCCGCUCGGCGCUGCUGGCGCGCCGCGACCUGACCGUCAGCCACACGCAGAAGGUCACCCUGGGCAUCAUCGGGGCCUACGUCGUCGUCAUCGCCCUGCUCUGGAACCUGCCGUACGUUCGCUGGGUGCUGUGGCCUUUCAAGAUGCUCGUGAUAGCCUUCCACGAGUUCAGCCACGCCCUGGCGGCGGUCCUCACGGGCGGCCGCGUCAAGUCCAUCUCGCUGGACCCGCACGAGGGCGGCGUGACGCACAUGCAAGGGGGGAAGGGCGCGGUGACGCUGCCCGCGGGCUACCUGGGGUCGUCGUUGAUCGGGGCGCUGCUGACGUUCUGCGGCUUCGACGUCGUCGCCUCAAAGGUCGCGAGCAUCGUCCUCGGCGUCUGCUUCCUGCUCACGCUGUGGUGGGCCCGCCGGGACUGGCUGACUAUCGUCACCGUGCUGCUCGCUGUCGGGUUGCUCGUUGCGUGCUGGUUCAUCGCGCAUGCGCUGCCGUUGAGGUUUGUCGUGUUGUUCAUCGGCGUCAUGUCGUCGCUUUACAGCGUCUGGGAUAUCUGCGAUGAUCUCAUCCUGCGAAAAGUGAACAGCUCCGACGCCAGCGUCUUCGCAAAACGGUACGGCGGCUCGUCGCAGUGCUGGGGCGUCAUCUGGUCCAUCAUCUCGCUCCUCUUCAUGGUCUGCGGCAUCGUCGCGGGCAUAGCCGCGUUCCCGAAGUCGUUCAGCGAACAGGAGGAUGAGUCGAAGCACUUCAUCCCCACUCGUUGAGCCCACUUCGCCAAACAUGGAUCCGUCCAUUCCAUCGAUUACUUCGAUUUUUACCCGGUGUACCGACUAACUGGCUAUCUUGGUCGUAAUGGUCGGCUGCUUGGCGGGGUGGUGUGUGGGAAGUCGGUCGUUUAUAGGAAUCAGCUGGCUGCAGCGCUGCGCGUUUUCUUUUGGUGGAUUGGUUGGCGUUUUGG